CCUGUGUUGACAGAAAGCGCUGAAGGGGAGACAGGGGUGGAGGGAGCAGAGGCAGGGCUGGGGGGCCAGAGGCCUUUUCCACCAGGAGCCCCCUCCACUCCUGCAGCUGGAGUUCCUCCCAGUCUCUGUGCUCUCCUGGGGCAAAAAAGGUCAAACAAGCUGUUUGGGUGGGAAAAGAGAAUGGAGGAAGUUGACAGGGAUGGGCGGGGCUCUUGGGGGUGCUGACCAGGAACCGAGCUUCCUGCACAGUACCCAGACAUCCAGCCCCCAGCUCACCCCCACCCCUGCCAGGCCCCACUCCCCUCAGGAACCCGGGGCUCCGGCCCUCCUCCCAAAUCCCAGCCACCCCUCCCCCACCGGCUUCUCCCCACCAGGGGAUGGAGCCCGAGGGACCCCCGCAAGAGGACGGUGAGCAGGGACGCCCCCAGGGUGAGCAGGGCUGGCCCCCUCUGAACUCUACCACUCGGCCUUGGCGAUCCGCUCCUCCGUCCCCUCCUCCGCCAGGGACCCGCCGCACAGCCCUGGGGCCCCGCUCGGCCUCCCUGCUGUCCCUGCAGACGGAGCUCCUGCUGGACCUGGUGGCUGAGGCCCAGUCCCGUCGCCUCGAGGAGCAGAGGGCCGCCUUCCAGGCUCCCCAGAACACCCCCAGCCCAGCUCCAGCCCCGGCCCGGCCCCUCGAGGAGAAGGAACAGCUCUACAGCACCAUCCUCACCCACCAGUGCCAGCGGAUGGAAGCCCAGCGGUCAGAUCCGCCCCUACCCCCGGGGGGACAGGAGCUCCUGGAGUUGCUGCUGAGAGUUCAGGGCGGGGGGCGAAUGGAAGAGCAACGAUCCCGGCCCCCGACACACACCUGCUGAGACCCGAGCCCCCAGCCAGCCCCUCCUCCCUCCUGGGGGCAAAGCUGCGAGCCCGCUGCGCGCCCGCCCGCCCGCUUGGCAGGGGCACCAGAGACUGAGGACGCAGGAGAAAUCGCAGCCUUGCGGCCCUCUCGCAGCACAUUCCCCGCGAGCCCGAGGGGUGCAAGGGCAGGCGGGAAGCCACGGACGCCCUCCGCGAGUGUGCUGCAGCUCGAGGCAGCGGGGACGGCGCCAGGCCGGGUCUGUCCCGAGCUGUCAGGCGCGUGAGCGGGCGCUCAGGACCCCAAGGCCGGCAGCGCUCGCGGCCUCCGACCCGUGCGGCGGCCCCUCCCCAGCCCGAAGACGGGCCGGGCGCGGCGGAGAGUCGGCCCGAGGCCCCGCGCCCGCGUCCACGCCGCUCGGGCCGUCCCGUCCGGCUGCACGAAUAAAGGCCAUUCCCCCCUGGA